AUGUACACAACAGAAAUGCUUAAAUCCAUAUGUCUGCUAGGGUCACUGCAGUUUCAUCGGAAAGGAAAAGAAACUUGUGCCCCACCCAAGAUCCUAGAUACUAAAGUGGAGGAGAGUUCUGAAGUACCUAUUUUAGAAGACACAUCAUCAUCACCAACAGAUAUUCAACAGCAUUUAUGGCAGGUUUCCACAGAUAUUGAAAACACUGAAAGAUAUGAGAGAAAUGAAAAACCUUUUGAGUAAACUCAGGGAGACUAUGCCUUUACCACUGAAAAAUCAAGGUAG